AUGAAACCCACCAACACAAACAAACCCCUCCACCUCCACCACCUCCCCACCCUAAUCUGGCACUUCACCGAAAGCAACGUCCCAACUUUCGUCCUCCCCAACUCCGCCUUCGGCUUCCUGGGCGCCCACUCCGGCCCAGCCCUAACCACCUCCCCCACCUCCCCCCACCUAUCCACCCUCCUCCCCCGCCUGCCCCUUCUAAUCCUCUUCAACUGGGCCCUAGUCUUUAUCUUCGACCUCUCCAACCAACGCCUCCCCGAAUCCAUCCACGAAGACCACCUCAAAAAUUCCUGGCGCCCCCUCCCAACGAACCGCAUAACAGCCAACGAAACGCGCCGUCUCCUUCUGGCUACCAUACCCAUCGUCCUAGGCAUCACCUACACACUAGGCGUAUGGCAAGAAACCUGCCCUAUCCUGAUCCUCACCUGGAUGUAUAAUGACCUGAAGGGGGGUGAUGAACUCAUCCGUGAUGGGAUUAUCGCUGUUGCUUAUGGGUUGUAUAAUAUUGCUUCGUUGAAGAUUGCCUGUAAGGGGAUAGAGCCGUCUGAGCAGGGAUAUCGCUGGGCUAUCAUGACCAGCGGGGUGAUACUCACCACGAUGCAGAUUCAGGAUCUGAAGGAUACGGUUCCGCUGGCGUUCGGGGAGUGGUGGUCCAGGUGGUCCAUCGCGGGGUUUGUUGUCGGGUGGAGUGUUCUCUGUGUGGGGUUUUGGGGGUUGGAGGGGUGGGUGUGGUAUUUGGUUGUUGGGGGCGUAGGGGGGUUGGUUGUGGGGAGGGUGUUGAUUGGGAGGACGGUGGAAGGGGAUGCGGCGGCGUGGAGGUUGUGGUGUGUGUGGUUGAUGGUGUUGUAUGGGUUGCCUUGUUUGGGGUGGAUGGAGUGGAUGGAGUGGAAGGGUUUGGUGUAG